GGAGAGCUGGGACCUUGCGGGCUCCAGCCUGAGGGCUCUCACCUCUGCCUCUUUCCCCAGCUGUUGGUGCUUCUGCUUGAAGGUGCCAGGAUGUGCGGCAGGUUCCUGAGGCGGCUGGUGGUGGAGGAGAGCCGGCACUCCACCCCCGUGGGGCGCCUCCUGCUUCCUGUGCUCCUGGGGUUCCGCCUCAUGCUGCUGGCCGCCAGUGGGACGGGGGUCUACGGCGACGAGCAGAGCGAGUUCGUGUGUCACACGCAGCAGCUGGGCUGCAAGGCUGCCUGCUACGAUGCCUUCCACCCUCUCUCCCCGCUGCGCUUCUGGGCCUUCCAGGUCACCCUGGUGGCUGUACCCAGUGCCCUCUACAUGGGUUUCAUUCUGUAUCAUGUGAUCUGGCACUGGGAGGAAUCUGAAAAGGUGAAGAAGGAAGAGGAGACCCUGAUUCGCCAAGGGGAGAAAAGCAGAGAUGCCUUGGGGCCUGGAAGCCCCAGGGUGCUCUGGGCCUAUGUGGCACAGCUGGGGGUGCGACUGGCCCUUGAAGGGGCAGCCUUGGGGGGGCAGUACCAUCUGUACGGGUUCAAGAUGCCCAGCUCCUUUGCGUGUCGUCGAGAGCCUUGCCUUGGUAGUAUAAGCUGUAAUCUCUCUCGCCCCUCUGAGAAGACCAUCUUCCUGAAGACCAUGUUUGGGGUCACUGGGCUCUGUCUCUUGUUCACGCUUUUGGAGCUUGUGCUCCUGGGCCUGGGGAGAUGGUGGAAGAUCUGGAAGCACAAAUCUCCCUCUUCUAAGUACUUCCCAACUUCAGAGAGCGCCCAAAGACACAAGGAACCGACUGAUAACUUCCCAGUGGUGGAAACAAAAGAACGGUUUGCAGAAGCAGGUGAGAGGGGCACUGAUGUCCCUCUUUCUACCUGUCCCUGAUGUAUGGGUCCUGAUGAUCCCCCACGGCAAGCCCCUCACCCUCCGGGAAGUACAACUCCCACAAGUUACAAAGUAGAAAACCAGGUUCUACACAGAUGUGUCCUAACCACUCAUCCCACCCCAUCGUCCAGCUGCAUCCCCAUCAACUGGAUGGUUCCUUCCAAUGAACCAGGACCCAAGUGCUCAGUUGAUUGUACCUCCUGCCCUUCCAUUUAGGUCUCUUCCCACUUAGGAAAAGGCUCAGCUUCUGCUUGAUCCUCUACUUUGCAGAAUUAUGAAGACACCUGGCUCACCUCUGAAGGAAACCCUCUGACUGCAUCUUUGUCCGAACAUCCAGUGAGUGGGGUGUCUAUCUCCAUGGUAAAUUAAAGGCUGUUGAAGUGUAUCCAAGAGCCUUGGGGGGCCACGGUGUCUGAAGCUUUUCCUUGGAGAUCUCCUGCUUGUGCCUCCUCACCAGAAUUCCCUGGUGUCAGCAUCACAAUUUUCAUGGGCUUGGUUCCAGAGUCAGCCGGCAGAGACCUCCAUAAAACCGUGCCUCUCUGUCCUGCGCAAUAAAUAUUGACCACUGUUGCUGGCAUUCCUGUUGCUGAGGACAAUCCU